AUGUCAGACAUCGUUUCGAGAUUGGAGGCUGAAAAUGAAGAGCUUCGAAGGCAACUUGCCACGUUACGGCCGUCAGGGACAACCUCACAUUCAACCACCACCUGUUCGACUUCAAAAUUACCCGACCAGGCGCCGGAAUCUACUCAUCUUUCUACCAAUGACCCAAUUGGCCUCAAAGGCACGUCACGUACGACCAGUGGUACCCCACCAUGUCGAGACUGCUCCAGAGUCUUAAGAAGAUACCAUGCACUGUCUGCCAACUUCAAAACAGCCAAAGAUGCUUUGCAGCGGAGAAAAGACGAAAGAAAUAGUUGGAUUCAUCACUCAAAAUAUCUCAAGGAAAAAAUACAAACCGCCGAAAACGAAUAUGGUAUUCAGAUUCUGGAUCAGAAAGCCCAGCAAAUGGAAGUGCCCACAUCAACCGCGUUAGAAGCCGACGAGCCACUUAUCAACCCUUCGCUCAGCUUUAUGUCUGAAAAAGGGCCUGAAGAAGAUGAGCCUCAGCUUCCAGAGCUGGCUUCAACGUCGAAAUCGUCUGGCGGAGCCCUUGAAGGACAUCAUGCAAAUUCCGAAACGACCCAAGGGGAAGCCUCGGACGAAAUGUCACAACCUCUACCAAUGAUUCCACCACCUUCCAAUAGUGAGAUGGUGGUAAUAAAGGAAGAGCAGUCUUCUGACAUUCCAGAAAUUGUUUCCGAGCGAGAAGUUAGGAAGCGCAAACGCAACGAAGAACACGCUGUAACAACUGUCGUGCCCAAAAUUAAACCUGAAAUGGCUGGUAGUUCAAGCCCAGUAAUGUUAAUCUCGCCCGUGCAAUUCCACACGCAAGAAAGCAUUGACUUGGGGGACAUUGUCAAGAAAAUCCAAACGCCGAGGAAGCGCCAACUACUAGAGCAAGCCGGACCACAGUCCGAAAUCAUCACCCGCUCUAAACUUACUACCUUUACACCACUCCAUGCCGGAGCCCAACAGGAGCCGCAAUCCGCCAUUGCUCCUCGCCAAACAUCAGCUCUGAUGCCCCUAAGUGUCAAUGCGCGAACGAUUCGACCGUCAUCGGUCAAGAUUCAGCAAAAAAGCCGUUGGUCCCAACUAAAUGAGAGCAUAGAGAGCCUAGCUGAAGAUGGUGCUGCGUAUAAUGCCCAAGCGCUUACUAAUCAAGUUAAAUCUCCGAGCGUAUCUUCUACUAAGAGUCGACUGAACGCAUUACUCAAUGACCCCCUUGCAGAGUCGGAAGAUGAGAAUAUCAUUUCCAGGCUACCGAAAAGAGCCGAGCCAAGGACUGCAGCUCGCCACGCGGAUCUUGGCAUCCCAGGACGACGACAGCUUCCAUUUGACAAGGACGGACACGUAUCCGGCAGAACAACACCUUGUAAACAAUCUUUGAGCUUGAAAAGUGUUUCUGAGGCAAAGACGCGAGGUGGCAGCUUUGCGUCCCCACGGCAGACUAUGAACCGCCAGGACUCGAGGCCGUUAAGACACAGGCCGCUUUCGAAGCUCGGCUUGGAAGAUUUCAAGGUCAACCUACGUGCCAAUGAAGGCCACGACUUCGCCUUUAGCGAGGUAGUAAGAGAUAAGGGCGACAGGUCAUGCUUGCCAGGCUGUACGGACAUGCAUUGCUGUGGAAAAGAGUUCAGGGCCCUUGCCAUUUCACAACGGCCCAACCCGCCUCUAACAGCCGCUCAACGACAAGAGGAACAGAAGCUUCUGGAAGACUACCUAGGUGAUUUUUCAUACCGCCUCGCAUCGAUGGAUAAGGACGAACGAAUGGAAGUCUGGAUCGAGGCCAAGACGCACGAAUUGGCAAAUAAAUAUGGCAAACAUAGACAUAGAUUCUCUCGCAUGCAGUCGCCCCCAGGUUUCUGGGAUGCAGACUUUCCAGAUACGCAGCAACUGGAAGCGGAUAGAGAGGAAGCUGUGAGAAGAACGAGGCGAGCAGUUGCAGAGCGAUACCGGGAAGCCAGGCGGCCCGGCGGCAGAUGGAUGUUCAAGGAUGAAUGA